CAUAAAACCGAAGAAGAAGAACAUACAGGAAACACCAGCCGGUUCAGGGUCAGCUGUGCAUGUUAGAUCCAGAAUGGAGGUGAUGGUUGACGUGUAGUAAUGAGCGAAUAACGUGUUCGAGGGACUCUAAUCAGAUGUCAUAAUUUUGAGACAGUGAUUCAUUCCAAAGUAUCACGACAUCAAGACACUCUCGCGGAAUAGGGGGUUUGAUCACAGUAAGAUCUGUAAACAUGUCCUUAAAACUGACCACUCAAGCGUACUGUAAGAUGCUGCUACAUGCUGCUAAAUACCCUCACUGCGCCGUUAACGGGCUGCUGGUGGCUGAGAAACACAAAAAGAAGGACAGCCCAAGAGACUCCGUGUUGUGCGUGGAUUGUGUACCUCUGUUCCAUGGGGCUUUGGCGUUAGCCCCCAUGCUGGAGGUGGCACUCACAUUGAUUGAUACAUGGUGCAAAGAGAACAAGUAUGUUAUUGCUGGCUAUUAUCAAGCAAAUGAGCGUAUAAAGGAAGCCAGACCAAACCAGGUGGCUGAGAAGGUCGCUGCCAGAAUCUCAGAAAACUUCAGUGAGGCUGCAAUGAUUAUGUUGGACAACAGCAGAUUCACAAUGGAGUGUUUUGUGCCUGUUCUCUUCAUCUAUGAUCAUCAUGAUAACAAGUGGAAGUGCAGAGAGCCAAGCACUGACUGCUUUGAGGAUUGGAUAGAGGCACAGAAGAUCACAGCAGCUCUUCUAGAAAGCAAAUCAUACGAGAGUCUCGUAGACUUUGACAACCAUCUGGAUGACUUACGAAAUGACUGGACCAACCCUGAGAUCAAUAAAUCUGUCUUACAUCUAUGCUGAAGCCAUUCAGAGAUCCUGUCCACCUAACCAAACCAUCAGUGCUUAAAUGGGAAGCAUAUCUGGCUAUGGCUGGAUAAUCAGUACUGUUAGUGACAUGCUCUCUCACUGAGAAGAAAGAUUUAAGAACGGAAAUGGAACAUUGUAAGUGCUGCAUCGUCAUGUUUGAAAACACUGAGGUGACUCCAGGAAGCCGAUGUCAAAUAGGUUUUAUACCCAUUUUCAUGCGAUAGUUUGUAUAAGACUCAACUGUACAAUUUUGAAUGCUAUCGGACUAGUUUUAUUUAACUUAACUAAUUGAUAAAUAUGAUGAUUUUCCCCCUUUUUUUGUAAGAAUCUUUAGUUUCAAUUACAGGUAUGGUUAUUUACUUUUCUUAACUACUUAAAUUGCUCAAAUGAAAAUAUCUUACUUCAGUUUAGAAAUUAAUAUUUUGAUUUAUAAAAAAGAGAUUGCUUUUAUGUUUGCAGCUGACCAAUAAUAAUUUGCUAGUGGUGGAAGAAUAAAUAUUUUUGGCUCAGAUUUUUCGGUAAAUAAAGGACUAGACUUUAGGUAUGAGGCCUUUAUGAUUGUAAAGUUUUAUAAAAAUGAAU